GCAGCUCCUCCGCAGCGGAGGAGGAACAGAGGUGAAAGUUCGCAGCUGGGCAGCCGUGCUGGGACAUCCCCGACGACUAGAGAGCGAAAUAUGUGUGAAAAUCCGGAUUUUGACGCGACUUUACAAGACAGCAAGGCUGCAUACGUGCUCAGCAAUGUUGCUGAAGUGGUUGAGAGAAUUCUCACCUUCGUACCGACCAAAUCGCUUCUACGGAUCGCAAGUGUGUGCAGGCUGUGGAGGAACUGUGCCCGCAGAGUACUGAGGACUCAGCAGCAGUUGACCUGGGUGUCAACCUGUGGAUUCUCCAACACAGAGGUCCAUGCUCUCUGCAGCAUCCUGGCUGAGGAGGUGGAGAAAGUUUUUCUCCUUCCCAAAACCGUUCUUGCAAUGGUAGACUGUGAGACCUUCUGGGGAGCUUAUUGCAACAGGCAAAAUAAAGCAAAGAAGAGUCGCCACAGUCCAGACACGGAAGAACUGAACCUGCUUUUCCCCAAAGGUUGUGACAUCAUGGGCAUUACUACACCAGGCAUAGUCUUGACUCCCAGUGGCUCUUGCUCCAGCCCUCCCCAGGAGUAUCAGGAGGGGGAGGCAGGCUUUGCAAUCAUGUUCCCCAGCAUGGAAGGUGUCAACAUCAAGCCCUUUCAUUUUUGCAAGAAGUCCAUCUCCCCAACAGCACUGAAAGAAGCAGGACUCAUUGACAACCCAGAGCUGAGGGUGGUACUAAUGUUUGUCUAUGAGGCAUAUAAAUCCGGACCUUUCCUCAACCAGAUACUGGAGCCUCUGGCCAAGAGCAAAGCUCUCAUCGCUGGAGGACUGGUAGAAAGUGUCUUCUCUCCUUCCAGACACUGCUGUAGCCAAGGUGCAUACGGCGUGGUUGGCCUGGCCCUGAGUGGCCCUAAGGUGCAGGGGGCAUCUGUGCUCUUGGACCAAGACAUCAGCAACUCAAAGGCGGCUGAAGCCACGAUCAGGAGGCUGAAGGCGGCCAAAAUUCCUGAGAGGAACACCCUGGGGUUUAUGUUCGCUUGCGUGGGGAGAGGCCAGCAUUACUACAACAACCAGACCAACGUGGAGGCCGACGCCUUUCGCAAGGUGUUCCCCAACACUCCGCUCUUCGGCCUGUUCGGCAACGGCGAAAUCGGCUGCGACCGAAUCAUUAAGGAUGACUACACGCUUUGCGACACCGACAUCGACGGUCUGCAGCACGAGUACACGACAGUCAUGACCUUGGUCCAUCUAGGUUGACUGACUGACCCACAAUGACAAUGACGGGAACAAAGACGACCCAUCACGGACCUGGUUGGAACAGCAGUCGGGAACAACAAAUAUUCUCUGCAGCGUGUCACUCGAAUCACGACUCAGAAUAUUUCUGUCACAUUUCUGCUCGUAAAGCAGGGAAAUUAUCCCUUCAGCCAUCAAUAUAAUGGCAACAUUGGGGAAAUUGUGUCCAUUGUAGCCUGUGUGUAAACACAGCUUUAUAUUAAAACUAGUGAGUCUCACAAAGUUAAGAUAGGACAAUAAUGAUCAUCUCUUUUAACAUUCAAAUGUGUUAAAGCACUCUUGUAAAAUAUGUAUAUAUAUAUAUUUUUUCCCCCCAAAUUCCGCACACAUUCAAGGCAUAUCUUUCCCCCUGACAUUUAACCUCAUGGUCUGUUUGCUUUGCAGAUGAGUAAAUUAUACACACUUGUGUCCCAAGCUAUUGUUAAAGUUGUUGAUUCAGCAAAGGCACUUUUUAUUCAUGUAAUUAAGAAGAGCCUGGUCCUUCUUCCACAGAAUCAAGGCGAUCUUGAUUUGAAUGCUCUUCCUCGUUAUGUAGGUUUUACACUUGAGGUGUUUUUACACUUUUGUCUUACCAAUGGAAAAAAAUAAUCCUUGUUAGCCUGCAAAUUAAUACCAUUAGGCAAAAUGUCUAUCUACCGUUUUUCAGUUGGGCACAGGGAAGUCAAUCAGAAUCUUGGAGUGCCUCUUUUUGUCCAUAUGACUUAUCUUCUGCUACCUGCUUCCAACUGUUAAUGGUUGAGCUUAAUGGUCACUUCAUCUCUUUUAGCUUCUGCAGCUUAAAAAGAGAAAACAUUUAUUCUAAACUGUGUAAGUGACAUUGACUGUCAGAAAUUGUUUCACCCCACUUUACUGUCGGCUUUUCUACAAUUCCUGACUUUAGGAGACAGUUGUUGGUGUUUGGAAAUUGAAGAUGAACCGUCCAAGAUCUGGAAAAAAAAAGAUAGAUUUGAUAUUUAAGACUGAGUACUUGGUAUUAUUUGCUGAAGUUAUAAAUGGUUUGAAAUCUUGAUAGUAUAGUCUGAGACUAACUACCUAGUUGCACAUUUGAAGAAGCUUUCAAAACUAAGCAGAUGCCUUUUGUAAAUUGGCUUCUGACCAAAUCCAUUGAAUGCUACACAGCUCAUAUCUAGAUGAUUUUCUAGACGGCCCUGUGUUGUUUUUUCCUCACUAACAAGAAUAUCCUGAUGCGAUAAAGGUAUACUUUCCAGUAUAUGUAUGUUUGUUGGUCAUGUAGUUUCUGUUAUGUUGAAAAUAGCUGACUUCAGCUUUUCUAUAAAAGGUGCAACAGUGGUUGUUGCAAAGCUGUUUUCUUUUCAUGAAAGCUCCAAUAUUUUACUUUUUUUUCCAAGAGUAUCUUCCUCCUUUGUAUCAUAAUCAUAAUACACACAUCUCCCCUUAUAGUUACUGAAGAGGAAAUGUAGGUUACCUGUAUUAUAAGUUAGUGGUGUUAAUGGCUCGUUGAGCAAAGUUGUUUUGGUGUUAAUGCACUUUUCUACAGGAUGUGCCAAAUCAUAUCUGUUUUGCUCCUUUUCCUCAAUAAAUUAAAAGCUUUCAAUAUAUAGA